AUGACUGAGAAACAGAAAGGCGAUAAUGUUGAUUCAUGCAAUGAUAUUGUUAAAAAUUCGUACUAUUCCUAUAUACGUUGCUGUCAAUUGACUAGUUAUCGUACGCUCAACUCACUGUACAAUUCUUUAUAUCCAGGUCAUCCGAUUCGUGGAGUCAUUUUUUGUAGUACCAUUCCAGUCCUCUACUUGAAAGGCUAUGACUCAUCAUUCGGUAUCAUUACUUGGUUGGAAGAGCACAUUUUUCGACGCGUGUUCCCAUCGAAAAAUGGCACACUUAUUGCUUGUGUUACUUUUGCCGCAGGUGCCUAUAUUAGUAUUAUUAAAAUUCGUCAAUACACCUUGAAGGCACUUUUUUCGUAUCAUGGUUGGAUGUAUCAAAAACAUGGUGAAGCUGUUGGUCUAAUACCGAAAUUUUGGAUGGGUCUCGUGAAAGUAUUUGCCGGUCGAGACCCAUCUUUAUAUUCGUGUCAAAAUAUUCUGCCAGCAUUACCAUUGCCUAGUUUAGAUGAUACAUUACAACGGUACUUGAGAACAGUUCGACCACUUUACGACGAUGAAGCAUAUCAACGUACGGUAGAACAAGCCGACAUAUUCAAGAAUACUAUUGGAUAUAAACUACAAAGGUAUCUUUGGUUCAAAUGGCUUUUGUCAUCGAAUUAUGUAACGGAUUGGUGGGAAAAAUUUGUCUAUCUUCGUGGUCGAUCACCGCUUAUAGUGAAUAGUAAUUAUUAUUGUCUCGACGCCGUAUUCUCUCGUCCGGCAAUGAAACAAACUGCACGUGCUGCCAACAUCGUUUACGCGGCAUUGAAAUAUCGUACUGAAUUGGAACUUGAAAAAGUUAAACCGUUAAUGGCUUUCAGUUCGAUACCACUCUGUUCAAUUCAACACGAACGACAAUUUAAUACCGUUCGCAUUCCAGGCAAAGAAACCGAUCACAUUGUACAUUAUUCCGAUAGUCAACAUAUUGCUGUCUAUCAUAAAGAUCGCUGGUACAAAGUUUUCACUUACUAUAGAAAUAAACUCUUACAACCGUGCGAAUUACAAAUUCAAUUCGAUGAGAUUCUUCGAGAUGAAACGCCGCCUGCAGAUGGUGAAGAACAUUUGGCUGCUUUGACCGCAGGUGAUCGAACUUUGUGGGCUACAGCACGUGAAACAUUCUUUAAUACUGGUUGUAAUCGUGUGUCGUUGGAUGCGAUCGAAAAAGCGGCCUUCGUACUCAUUUUAGAAGAUUCUGAUUUCGAAAUUGGAACGAAUAUGAGCAACGAAUUUGAUGAAUACGCUCGGGCAAUUUUCCAUGGCAAAGGUUACGAUCGUUGGUUCGACAAAUCAUUCAAUCUAAUUAUCAGCAAAAAUGCAGUGUUUGGUUUAAAUGUAGAACAUAGUUGGGCUGAUGCACCUGUGUCUGGCCAUAUGACUGAAUAUGUUCUUGCAGAAGAUUUCAUUGUGCUCGGUUACGAUCCCCUUGGUAAUACUCACGGUAUUCCACGUUUCAAUGCUAUCCAUCCGAUAAAACUCAAAUGGGACCUUUCAAGUGCCUGUAAAAAAGUGAUCGAACAAAGUUUGAACGAAGCUACUGCGUUGUGCAAUGACGUUGAUCUACAUGUGUACGUUCAAAAUUCAUAUAGUAAAAAUUUCAUCAAGAAAUGUAAAAUAUCUCCAGAUGCUUAUAUUCAAAUGGCUCUUCAAUUGGCUCACUAUCGUGAUUCUGGUCGUUUUAAUUUAACCUAUGAAGCAUCAAUGACACGAUUGUUUCGUAAUUCUCGUACCGAAACGGUACGAUCGUGUUCGAUCGAGUCGAGUGCUUGGAUCAGAGCUAUGGAAAAUUCAAUGAUCACUAAUACCGAACGUAUUCAAUUGUUACGCCUUGCAUGUGAUUUUCAUCAACAACAGUAUCGUGACGCCAUGAGUGGUAAAGGCAUCGAUCGACAUUUGUUCUGUCUCUAUGUAAUCUCGAAAUAUCUCAAGUUGGAUUCACCAUUUCUUCAAAAUGUUUUGCAAGAACCAUGGAAACUAUCUACUAGUCAAACACCAACACAAUAUGGCAAUCCUCAUGUAAAGUCGAACACAACAGCCGACGGAGUCAGUGCUGGUGGCGGUUUUGGAUCUGUUGAUCAAAAUGGAUACGGGGUUAGUUAUAUUAUAUCCGAGGAUAUCAUCUUUUUUCACAUUUCUUCUCGACGAUCAUCUCGUGAAACGGAUUCACAACGUUUCGGCAGAGAAAUUCGCAAAGCCCUCGAUGAUAUCCGUACUCUCUUUGAAGAAACUACAAAAAUUGCCUAG